AUGUCCCGGUAUCCCGGUGUGCCGGUAUCCCCAUCUCCCCAUGUCCCGGUAUCCCGGUGUCCCGCAGUGCAGCGGUUCAUCAGCGAGGAUCGGCUCCCGCACCUGCUCCUCUAUGGCCCGCCCGGCACAGGGAAAACCUCCACCAUCCUGGCCUGUGCCAGGCAGCUCUACCGGGACAGGGAAUUCGGCUCCAUGGUGCUGGAGGUGAGCGGGGACGGGGGGAGGAAAAACCUGGCACAGGCUGGGAACUGGGACGAGGCAGCAGCCAACCAAGCCCCCUCCGUCCUCUGCUCCCUCCCCUCGGCAGUGAUCGAGAAGUUCACGGAGAACACCCGGUUCUGCCUCAUCUGCAACUACCUGUCCCGGAUCAUCCCCGCCCUGCAGUCCCGCUGCACCCGCUUCCGCUUCGGGCCCCUCACCGCGGAGCUCAUGGUGCCGCGGCUGCAGCACGUCAUCCUGCACGAGGGGGUGGAUGUGACGGAGGACGGGCUGAAGGCCCUGGUGACCCUCUCGAGCGGGGACAUGCGCAGGGCCCUCAACAUCCUGCAGAGCACCUCCAUGGCCUUCGGGAAGGUGACGGAGGAGAACGUCUACACGUGCACGGGACACCCCCUCAAGUCAGACAUCGCCAACAUCCUCGACUGGAUGCUCAACCAGGACUUCUCCACUGCCUACCGAAAAAUCACGGAGCUGAAGACGCUGAAGGGCUUGGCCCUGCAGGACAUCCUGACCGAGCUCCACCUCUUCGUGCACAGAGUGGAUUUCCCGCCCUCCAUCCGCAUCCAGCUGCUGAUCAAGAUGGCAGAUAUCGAGUACCGGCUGGCCGCUGGCACCAGCGAGAAGAUCCAGCUGAGCUCCCUCAUCGCUGCCUUCCAAGUCACCAGGGACCUGGUGGUGGCCGAAGCCUGAGUGGAUCCUGGGCUUGGAUCUCACUGGAGAUGGGAGGGAUGGAGCUGGAGCUGCUCCCUGCAGCUUUCCCUUCCCAUUCUGGAAGCCUGGAGCCCACAGCCAGGACACAAGAGGGUUAUUCCCAGGAAAUACAGGUGCCUCUAAAGCCCA